UUUCAAUUCCAAUUCCAAUUUCAUUUUCAUUUUCGAAAGAGAGAGAGAGAGAUUGAAUGGCAGCAGCAUUUCCCGGCUAAAUAAGGGUGUAUUUGAUAUUUGCCAACUGCUGAUCCGAUCAGGUCUUCACCGGAAGAUCUGAAUACAGGGAGAGAGUGGAAGAAGAAUGAGCGCGUCGAGAUUCAUAAAAUGCGUCACGGUCGGCGACGGCGCCGUCGGGAAGACAUGUCUAUUGAUUUCCUACACCAGCAACACCUUCCCCACGGAUUAUGUACCAACUGUAUUUGAUAAUUUCAGUGCAAAUGUUGUUGUUAAUGGUGCUACUGUCAACCUAGGCCUAUGGGAUACUGCUGGACAGGAGGACUACAAUAGAUUAAGACCAUUGAGUUAUCGUGGAGCUGAUGUUUUCAUUUUGGCAUUUUCUCUUAUAAGCAAGGCCAGCUAUGAAAAUGUUUCCAAGAAGUGGAUUCCUGAAUUGAAGCAUUAUGCUCCUGGUGUCCCUAUCAUUCUUGUUGGCACAAAACUAGAUCUUCGAGAUGACCAGCAGUUCUUUGUUGACCAUCCAGGUUCUGUACCAAUCACUGAAGCACAGGGGGAGGAGCUGAGGAAGUUGAUUGCGUCUCCUUCUUACGUUGAAUGCAGUUCAAAGACCCAACAGAACGUUAAACAAGUUUUUGACGCUGCCAUUAAAGUUGUACUCCAACCGCCAAAGACAAAGAAGAAGAAGGGAAAGGCUCAAAAGGCUUGUGCUAUAUUGUGAUCAGCAUAUUAGGUGUAAUGAUAUGACCACCAAUAUAAUAUCUCUCUCUCAUGCUCCUCCCUGCCACAUCGUGCCAUUUUCCGUUUCUUUUGCCACAGAAGAGAACUAGGAGUGCCCCUUCCAUCAAAGCUCGCUUCCGUCAGUGGAAGUAUAGGUGGAUCAAGUCUCUGCUUUGUGCUUUGAUAUCCAAAGUGUUACCUCAAUACUUUUAGGCCUGCCCUCUUUUAAUUCGUUCUUUUCUUUCAUUCGUUAAUCAGACCAAGGUUUUGUGAUGUUGGCUACUGUUAAGGGUUCUUACAUGACAUUCUGUCGUCUUCGACUUGAUUUAUAUUUUUAUAUAUAUACAUAUAUAGAAACACACAUUUAUACAAAUUCCUUUUGUCAA